UCCGCAACGCAAUAAUUUUCAUUCGGCUUCAACUACCACAGAAAUUUUAAAAUAUUUUUUAAAAAUAAAGUUAAAAAAAUUUACAAAUUAAUAAAUUGAUAUAUAUGUAUAUUAUAAGAAAACGAAAUAAUAAGUAAAUUAUUGUUUCUAUGUACAAAAAAAAAAUGGAAACCGUAAAAAUCAAAAGGACUACAAACCAAAAUCAAUACAGAGCAUUAGUGGACUUCAUGAAAAAAUAUCCAGAUAUAGCUAAAGGUAAUAGCACAAAGAGUUCCACAGAAUUACAAGGCUUGUGGAGUAAUUUACAAAAACAGCUUAAUUCUAUGGGUCCACCAAGUAAAGAUGUUACCCAAUGGAGAAAGGUUUGGUCUGACUAUAAAUCCUUUUUAAGAAAAAAAUUAUCCGGACAAAAAAAAAUUAAUAUGUCUUCAGAGAGUGGACCAAAUAGGAAAGUUUUCUUCAGUCAUUUAGAAGAAGAAGUAAUAGAGUUAGCUUCUUUGAGGGAUUCAAUGCAAGCAAUAAAUCAAUUUCAAACUAUUGAGUUUCCAACAAACGAAGAAGAUGAUAGUAUGAUAUUCGUAAAAAAUGAACCAGUAGAAAAUACUUAUAAUAAAAGCUACAAUAUUGAAAACGACAACAAUGAUAUUUUUGUUUUGCCAAGUUUAAAUGAUGAUGUUAUACAAUCGGAAUGGGAACCCAGAAUCUAUGGAACUAAUCGAAAAUACCAAUAUCUUUUACAAAAACAAGUUGAUUGCCAGAAAAAAUUUUAUGAAACAGUUUCAUCAGCUCUUUCGAAACAAAAUAAUAGCUGGCAAGAUAAUAAUCCCUGUAAGAUGAUAUAUGCGUCAUUAAGAAGAAUUCAAGGUGAACAUAAAGUAAGAAACCAGAUAUUGCAAGAACAACUGAAUGAAAUAAUACGCCAUAAUAAAUGUGUUGAAGAACUAUCCGAAAAAAAACACAAAAUUAAAGUAAAGAUUUUAGAACUAAAACUACAAAAAUUAAAAGAAUUGAAAGAAUAAAAUUUUUUUUUAAUUUUUACCUA